AUGGCGACAAUUCCUUCUACUAUUAACAACAACAACAAUAAUAUUCCAAGUGAUUAUCAUACUGUGACCAUCUGUGGGGAUCUACCUGAAGUAAAUAAAGAUUACGAGAUUAAUGAAAGCAAAGAGCUUCCACCAACUGACUAUUGGAUCAAUAAAAUGGAUGAAUUAGUCGAUAAAACAUCUUGUAAAGUCCAAUAUAUUAGUGCCAAUGGUCCAUAUACAUCAUUAAAUGAAAGUCAUGCAAUUUUCACAGCUUUUCUUUUUGCUUAUAAUUCACAUGAAGACAUUGUUCUAUCUCCUGAUGAUAUUUGGCUAAUGAUUUGUAUCUAUUUCUCACAAUAUGUUAAUGAGAAAGCUGAGCAACUUCGACAACUUUUUGUUGAUCAUGAUAAUCGGAAACAAUUAACAGUCAUUCAGAUAGGCAAGAUUGAACCUGAUUGGGAUGAUUUUCUCGAGCGUAUGCGUGUAGAAAUAAGCAAGAAUAUAAAAAAUGAUGUUAUAGAUAUGCUUACAUCAAAUUUUUCAACAACAAACAAACUUGAAUCACUUCUUUCAUGUGCAACUAUAAUGGAUACAUUUCAAAAGUACUUUGAAUAUGAAUGUUAUGUGACUAAAUGUGGUAUUCGUAAUGUUCAUUGUAUGGGUACAUUAGAUGAUUGGAAAUUAUUACGAAGAAAAACUCAAGGACUCAAAAAAUUUACAACACCUGAUCGAAAUAAUUUUGAAACUUAUAUCAAUGCUAUAUUACCAGUUCUUGAUCAGUUUAUUGAAACCUAUCAAGGUAAUAUAGAUAGUGAAUUUUGGAACAAGAUCAUGGAUAUUGAACAUGUCGGUGGUGGUAGAUCAGGAAGAAUGGCUGGAAAAUAUGUAAGUGGAUGGUUUCUUCGACUUUGUUAUGGGUUACAUACCAAGAGUAGUUGUGAAAUCAAACAAAUAAAACUUAAUUCAUUGAACGUACCUAUUCUAGUAAAUAAUGAAAUAACGAAUGAAUCAAAAAUAUGUUAUGUAAUGGGAGGUUUUCAUGGAGUUGAAUCACGUGAUGGACGACACAAACCAGUAAUGAGUCUUGGCAUUAUAGAAGAUACAAGUACAAUCAAACCUUUGCAUAAGAUUUGA